AGCCAUUGUUCGGCGGCUGGCGCCGGCCUCGCUGGGGCCGGGUCCCUCCUGUCCACCUUGCGAGACGCGGGCUGUCCUUCCAGCGGGGAGAGGGGCCCGGUCCCCGGUUGUGCGCACCCUGGAGCCCUUGGGUGCAGGUCACCAUGAGCAAACGGAAGGCGCCGCAGGAGACCCUGAACGGCGGAAUCACCGACAUGCUCACGGAACUCGCUAACUUUGAGAAGAACGUGAACCAGGCUGUCCACAAGUACAAUGCUUACAGAAAAGCAGCAUCUGUUAUAGCCAAGUAUCCACACAAAAUCAAGAGUGGGGCGGAAGCUAAGAAAUUGCCUGGAGUAGGAACAAAAAUUGCUGAAAAGAUUGAUGAGUUUUUAGCGACUGGAAAGUUGCGUAAACUGGAAAAGAUUCGUCAGGAUGAUACGAGUUCAUCUAUUAAUUUCCUGACUCGAGUUAGUGGCAUUGGUCCAUCUGCUGCAAGGAAGUUUGUAGAUGAAGGAAUUAAAACAUUAGAAGAUCUCAGGAAAAAUGAAGAUAAAUUGAACCAUCACCAGCGAAUUGGAUUAAAAUAUUUUGAGGACUUUGAGAAAAGAAUUCCUCGGGAAGAGAUGCUACAAAUGCAAGAUAUUGUACUAAAUGAAGUUAAAAAAGUGGAUUCUGAGUACAUUGCUACUGUCUGUGGCAGUUUCAGGAGAGGGGCAGAAUCCAGUGGUGACAUGGAUGUCCUGCUGACCCAUCCAAGCUUUACCUCGGAAUCAGCCAAGCAGCCAAAGCUGUUACACCGUGUUGUGGAGCAGUUACAAAAGGUCCAUUUUAUUACAGACACUCUGUCAAAGGGUGAAACAAAGUUCAUGGGUGUCUGCCAGCUUCCCAUUGAGAAUGAUGAAAAGGAAUACCCACACAGAAGAAUCGAUAUCAGGUUGAUACCCAAAGAUCAGUACUACUGUGGUGUUCUCUAUUUCACUGGGAGUGAUAUUUUCAAUAAGAAUAUGAGAGCCCACGCCCUGGAAAAGGGCUUCACAAUCAACGAGUACACCAUUCGUCCCCUGGGAGUCACUGGAGUGGCUGGAGAACCCCUGCCAGUGGAUAGCGAGAAAGACAUCUUUGACUACAUCCAGUGGAAGUACCGGGAACCCAAGGAUCGGAGCGAAUGAGGCAUGUCCUUCUGCCGGACACAGCGCCAGGCGUCUUAAUUUAUUCCGUAACCUUUGCUAUGUAAGGGUCUUUGGUGUUUUUAAGUGACUGUUUCUUCUUCAUGCCUAGCUUGCAUUAGAGUCAAUAAAAUGUCUUGACUAUCA